ACACACAAACGCACACACACAAGCUUGGAUUUGUUUUCUCUUUGAUGAGAGGGAUUAUGGGAUAAAGGAGGCGAGGCCAUGGCAGUUUGGUUCAGUUUGAAGCACAGCUGCUCACAGCCUUCACAAUGACGGACAGAUGAAUGUCGAUCAAUGCCGGGAUCAUCAAACCUGUUAACGCAGCGGCAACCAUUUGCUCUGAGCUUCCAGCUCAAGGCGUUGAAAGGUAGCAUCGGACCUUAUUUUUCUGGAUGACGGAAGUCAUGGAUGCAAACUCAACAGUUACUGAAACUUCUAAGAACGAAUGGCUUUCUGCCUCCUGCAGUUCUUCACAGACAUGAAUGACAAUUGUGAGACUUUCUCUACACUUUCAACCUCUGGACAAGUGUUUUUGGAAUCCACUGAAGGCAAUGACAUGACUAACUGAUGCAUCCAUUCCAUCAACGGCACAAUGUGGGACCUAGUCACCUGGACUCGUAUGGUGACAGCAUCCUUAUCUACCACAAGAACAAGACAUCCGGCUGGCCGCCCCCAGGUCCAACCUCCUGGGGAGGACUGCAGGGGCCACCGUACAGCUGGGACAGCAUGAACAACAGCAGGGAUGGCCGGAACUGUCUCACCAACCAAGUGUCCCAGAGCAGCUCCCUGGAGGAGGUUCAUCUGGAUGGACUACCACCUGCACCUCGCCUGGUGGAGAUGAGGCGUGAUCCUGUCCUGGGUUUUGGCUUUGUUGCUGGCAGUGAAAAACCAGUAGUAGUUCGCUCCGUCACUCCAGGUGGUCCAUCGGAGGGAAAGCUGUUGCCAGGAGAUGAAAUCAUUAUGAUCAACGAUGAACCCGUUAGUUCGGCUCCAAGAGAACGAGUAAUCGACCUUGUCAGGAGCUGCAAAGAAUCCAUCCUAUUGACUGUUGUCCAACCAUAUCCGUCUCCUAAAUCAGCAUUCAUCAGUGCAGCCAAAAAAGCCAUGCUCAAGUCCAAUCCGGUCAAAGUGCGCUUUGCCGAGGAGGUCAUUAUAAACGGCCAGGUUCCAAACCCAGUGAAGGACAACUCUCUUCUGUUCAUGCCAAAUGUCCUGAAGGUCUACCUAGAGAACGGUCAGACUAAGUCUUUCCGCUUUGACAGCAGUACCUCCAUCAAGGACGUGAUCCUGACACUGCAAGAGAAGCUAUCCAUCAAAUGCAUCGAGCAUUUCUCCCUCAUGUUGGAAGAGAGGAUUGAAGGCUGUGGGAACAGAUUGCUUCUUCUGCACGAACAAGAGAUGCUCGCUCAGGUGACUCGCAGGCCUGGUUCUGAUAAGAUGAAGUGUUUCUUUCGAAUCAGCUUCAUGCCCCGCGACCCUGUGGAGCUGCUGCGGAGGGACGCCGUGGCGUUUGAAUACCUCUAUGUGCAGAGUUGCAACGAUGUGGUGCUGGAGCGUUUCGGCCCAGAACUGAAGUAUGAUGCGGCGCUACGACUGGCAGCAUUGCAGAUGUAUAUUCUCACCAUGACAACCAGACAAAGCCAGAAGGUCUCACUCAAAUAUAUCCAGAAGGAGUGGGGCCUGCCGCUCUUCCUGCCGCCUGCUGUGAUGACCAGCACCAAGGAGAAAAACAUCAAAAAAGCUCUGACACACAUCCUCAAAACCAACCAGAACCUCGUCCCUCCUGGGAAAAAACUGACUGCUUUGCAGGCCAAGGUGCAUUAUCUAAGGUACCUCAGUGAGCUCCAACUUUAUGGAGGGAGGGAGUUUAAAUCAAUACUUUUGCAAGGUGAGAAACAAACUGAUGUGACAUUGCUAGUAGGCCCUCGUUAUGGUAUCAGUCACGUCAUCAAUGCUCGCACCAACCUGGUGGCUCUGUUGGCUGACUUCAGCCAUGUGAACCGAAUCGAAAUCCUAACCGAGGAUGAAAUCAAUGUCCGGCUGGAGCUGCAUGUCCUGGAUGUCCGGCCCAUCACACUCAUCAUGGAGUCAAGCGACGCGAUGAACCUGGCAUGCCUUACUGCAGGCUACUAUCGCCUCCUAGUGGACUCAAGGAGAUCUAUCUUCAACAUGGCCCACUGCAACAGCUCAGCAGGCGAUGACAACAGCCAGGAUCGUAUCCUGGAAUGGCCAUACAGCACAUCUUUUGGGGACAGUGAGGAGCUAUCAACCAGCCAGGCAGAACUCUACAGAGAUUCUCACUAUUCAGACAAUGGGCAGAGAGAAAACAGGCUCUCUUCUUACUUCCAUCAUUCACAAAAUCCUGACAGAGACCUUGAGACACGGCAAAGUCCAGUGCCUCCUCCUCUUCCUCCUGCUACUAGACGCAAACCCCAAGAUUCACCUCGUAGUGCCAAAGUGUCAUUUAUUUUUGGAGGAGACCCACCUUUGAACAAGCCCAGGAGUUUAGGCUAUGAACGACAUCACGACAGUGCUGAGGUACCUGAACAUGGACCACCCUACUUGCGCAAUACAGACUUUGGGGCACAGGACAGGGUGCCCUUUCAAUUCAGCGGUCUGACACAUGUCUAUAGCAACAUAACAACUGAGGAAGGUGGUGAGGAGCCACUGUUAAGAGAGCUGUUUUACCGUGACACAACAGACGACGCAGAAGACGACGAUGAGGCCUCCUGUGAAGAAGAUUCCAUUGGGGGAACACCGGUGGGGGACGGAGAAGCGGGAGGAGGACUGGCAACGGCAGCUGGCAAAACUACCUUUCUCACUUUUUCUGGUUCUACUGAUGACAUCAUUGACCUUACAUCACUGCCGCCACCCGAGGGUGAUGACGCUGUAGACGAUGAUGAGGACGACACACUACUGGAGACGCUUAACCUUGCAAUUGCGGCCCCACCACCAGGCUUUCGGGACAGUUCAGAUGAGGACACUGCACCUGAAGGAAGGCCGCCAAUCCUGCAAGAUAAUGAUGAUAUUCCAGUCUCGUUAAUUGAUGCCAUUCCAACUCUUGGGGAGGGAGAAGGAGACGGACAGAGGCAGCUGGAUAACUCAGUUGUGAACACUCUGCAGGCACUUGAGGCUUUGUCUGUUUCUGACCAGAGGCCACCCCCACCGCGGCCACCAACUAGCAGUAACAAUCCAGGUGUUUACACAUCUCAAGGCCUUAGCCCAGAGUCUUCCUCUGACUCUGGGAAUGAGACAAACUCCUCAGAAAUGACAGAACUUUCUGAGCUGGCUGCUACACACCGACUCAGUGAAAGCCACAUGCGCCUCCUCGUGGCCACGAGGGAGGGAUACCAACCUUUACUGGAAGAGAAAACAGAGUUCCCAGUUUCCCCCAGCACUGAAGGGACAACCCUCAAGAAGUCUCGCAGUCCACAGCAUCUUCGACCACCUGCAGUUCCUCCGAGACGUAGCCCACAUUUGGAAACAAUGUCAUCACGACUGGACGGCAUGGAUGGGAGAUCUCACACAAACCUUUCCUCCACUCUCCAGCGGCCCAGCUCCACAACGCCAGGAGGCAAGCAUCACAAAAAGUCUGCAGACUCUAGUGGGAAGUAUAACACUUUUAGCACAAGAGACGGGUACCGGGGAGGGAGUAGUGGCAAUAUCCAUCUUGACUUCAAUCAACGGACUUCAUUCUGUGAUCGAGGAGGAAGCCAACGAAGACACAAUUUAGUUUUGGAGGAAAAUUCCCAAGCUGAGGGCCAUGAUGGGAACAGUCACCCCAGUGACCAUUGCAGAAUUGCCCGUCCGGCCUCCUCAACUUCUGAUCGGCUUUUAGAUGGAACUGCUCUCAGGGAGUGCCCUGCAGAUAAUAGAGCUGUUGAGCAAGAUGAACAUCUAGUUGUAGCAUCAUUGAUGUCCCCAACUAAAAAACCCAGAUUGGGGGAUUCUGACCAAGGAUCAGACAUACAGAAUGACCAUCCUCCUAUUUCAAGACAGCAAAGCGUUGCUCGGUUAUGUGAGUAUCAUCUUGCAAAAAGGAUUUCAAACUUACAGGGUGAAGCACAGAAUUCCCUGCAGGGCUCCCUGUGCUCAUCACUAGAUGCUGGUGGCAGUGCAAACAGCAGUGUCUGUGCCACCCCGACCGACUCACCGCUUGGUCCGGGCGCAAUUGAGGCUAAACACCACCGCAUGCAAAGGCACCCACUGUCUAGCUCUUCUUCAUCAUUACUCAGGGUCUUAAACUAUGAAGAAUUCAAACCUGGACAGAAUCCGCAAGCAAAAGAUUUUCACCCCCAUGCAGACCCUGCCCUCCUUCGGAAAAUGUUGCCCAAUAUUCACGCUCCUUCCACGGGGACUGACCCUGGCCGUCCCUCUUCAGCCACACCCUCUAAACAUAAAGAGACUGCUACAAGCAAAAAGGCGUGUUUCAAGGGGCCAAAUCAGAAAGAAGGCAGUGAGGCAUACAGACAAUUGAUCAACUACCUAACAGUAAGCCAAAUGCACCAAGGAGGAAAGUUACACAGUGCAGGAAUGGGGGGAGGUGUAAAAAAGGACACUCGACGCUACAUCACAAGCAACCCCCAGCUUGUCGAAAUGGUUAAGAAUCGAGGGAACACAAUCGCUCGAUGUCCAUGUAUGCCAUCCUCCAUGUCAUCCCCCUUUGUACGCCCAAAUAUGCUGAAUCCAAAUGCCUUGCAGCUGACAAAUAGGGAUCAAAAGCCGUACCACUCUGCCACACUUCCUGCCAAACUUAAAAGAAGCCCUGACAUGCACACUCAGGGCCCAAAUGAUCGAUUAGAUUUGAGGCGGACAAAUGCAGAAAGGAGAAGCUCCUUUUCUGGACUAGAGAGUGAGCUUGAGAGGGGUGAUAUAGACCCAGAGCACUUUUUGUCACUGUAUAAGAAAGAUGACUGCAUUACCCGUGUGGCCGGGGGUCCCGUUAACAGGCCCCCAUCUCGUUCAAGAAGCCAACCGAGUGGAGGUACAGACGACUGGUUCAGAUCAGACCCGAGAGAAAGGCAUGCGUUUCGUCAGCCCCCUGCUUCCAGUUUAAGCGGUCAGCGAGCAGACCUCAACAGCCUCUCAUUAGGAAGGGGUCCUUCAGCUUUCACCAGGCAGACAUCCACCGGGACCAUGGCCAGCAUUUCUUCUCCAUCCCCACCACAUCAUUCACAGUCUCCACCCCCUCCUGUAUUAAUUCCAACACAAGCCAACACUGCAUCCAGCCACUCCGGAUGCGCACAGAAUGCCAUCCAUUCAAGCCUGCUAUGGCCAAACCAGAACCACAUUAGCCCAAUCCCGCCACAAUCAGAUCCCGUCAGCAAUUACUCACAAAGGGGUCGGGAGCUAAAACGCAGCUCCAGCAAUAUUACCAACAGUUCUGGUAGUGUGGAAGUUCUGUUUGAAAAUCCCAGCCGAAGUCAGAGCCAGCAGCCCUUGGCACCAUCUGUGCCCCAGCAAGGAGACACUAAAGUUCAGAAGAGGCCCACAAGGAAACGUCUCUCCAAAAGUUACUCCCAAGGCUCUGUGUCAUCCCACACCACGUGCUGGUCCUCGGGUAGCAGGACAGAUAGCAGAAGGGCUUCUGUAGCAUUUCCUUUGCAAAAAGACAAUAAACAAAUGAAGGGCUCUCAAAAACUGGACACCAGUCCUUGGAGGUGCAAUGGACCUUUCAGCUACUGUUUCUUUAAACGCAAAAGUGAGGGAGAAGAUGAUGACAGUGAGUGGGAGACAACAAGACGAAGCCGUGGUGGGAGCGACAUGGAUAAUGACUGCGCUGCCUCACUGGGUAUCUUCCCCUGUGGCUCGGCAUUGGAUGCAGCUGGAGAGCAACUGUAUGGUGAGGUCCUCAACAACAUGAGCUUUAGCGACCGCCUGUCCCGGGUCAACGCCCUUAAAGACCGCAUGUAUAGCUUCCCUUCUGGCUUCACAGAUGUUCGCCGUGAUGCCAGUGAGCUCAUUGCAUUGGUUAGGUCCAGCAUAGGUCGCUGUGAUCGUGGUGCCCAAAUGCCUAUGCAGGAUGUGUCUCAGUCAAAGCAACUCCUCUCAGUGGAGUCCAAAGAGUUAGGGCGGGCAUGCAGGCGGAUGGCACAGGCGCACAGCAGCCCUGAGGAGAUGUUGCUUGCUGUAACUUGCAGCUUCCAGGUACUGUGUUGUCUUUGUGAGGCUUGUAUGUGUCUCGUAAAGGGGCUCAGUGCCUCAGCCUCACACCAACAGAGAGAGGUUGUUGCAAAGGUAGAUGAGGUUGUUAUGAACUAUAUCUGUUUACUCAAAGCAGCUGAGGCUGCAACUGUGGGAGCACCGGGAGAGCAGAGCGUCAAGGCCCUGGUCAGACAUUCCAGUACUAUGUCCGCCAUCGCUAAUGCACUCACACGAUCUCUUAAAACGCUGCUUAGUAAGUAGAGUUUCCUUUACUCCUUUUGCUGUCUAGUGUGGCCUAUGCAGUCAGCAGAAGUCUGCCUUGCACCCAUUCCCAGAUCUUCAGGCUAUUUCAGGAGUCAUGAUGUUUUUAAUGCAAGGUUUGUGCAGAAUGCAUAUCAAAAUUGGUAUGCAAGACUUGCUACCGUUAUAAUAAACAGAACUCCAACUGCACUUCUUUUUAGAAUUUUGCCCAUCAUUCACAGUCCUUAUGUGAUACAUGAACAUGCAUUUCUUUCCCUUUUCUGUGAACUAGUACAUUUACUAUUACAACUAUUACAUGUUAUCAUCAGUGUAUGUAUUAAUGCACGGUCACAGCAUGUAUAUGCAACAUGCAUACAUGCAUACGUACAAACCAUUUUAGAGGGCUUCAUCCAGGUGUGUCCCAAUGACGUACAUUGUUAGCUAGCUCAUAUGAACUCGUUUUCUUGUGUUAUAAUAAUGCACAGAAAAGGGAAAGAAAUAUGUCUUUAUGUUGCACAUAAGGAUUGUGAAUGAAUGGCAUUUUUUGUGCAGUUCCCCUUUAAAGUAUGGUGAAAAGCAAUCCUCACAUAAUUUGCUUUUAUUAUGUUUUUAUGUAUAUUUCAAAAGCCAUAAGGUGAUUAUUAAUGUACCUAAUAGAAAUCUCUUUACCUGUGCAUUAUGUAACUUAUUUUUUAAAUUAUAUACACAGUAUAAAUGUAGUACAUAGAUACAAUUGUAUUUAUUUGCAGUAAAAAUUAUAUAUGCCAUGUAUUUCUUUCACUUUCAAGUGCAGUUUUACUACUGAUGCAUACAAUUGUGAAACUCUGAAAUGUUUCAGCAAGGACUCAUCUAACUGUGUGCUAAAUUCAAGGUUGUAUUUGUGAACGUGAACUGACCCUGUUGUGUUGCAAUGUAAUGAUCAUGCAAUCCAAGAGGAUAUUCCUUCGAGAGUGCUCUACUGUAGCACCAUAUUUACCAUUGCUUUACAUUUCACCAUUGCUUUGUAGAACUAUAUAUAUUAAACACUAUAAUAAACUCUAGAAACUGUAAAAAAAAAAAGUAUGCACUGCUGUCAUCAUUGCUAUUUAUAAAGCAUUCUAAUUUAUUUUGCGAUAUUUUGAUUUAAGAUUGUAUUAGCUAUAUUUUAAUUAUUUUUACCUUUUUGUGUAUUAUCUUUUUUGGGAUCACCUCUGUGCUUGAACGUUUGUUACACUAUGUAUCUAAAUGCAGUGAUGUCUGAUAACAAGAUUCUUUUUUUUAAAAAUAAUGCACAAUCCUAUUAAAACAAAUUAUUUAAAUUUGUGU